AUGGUUCAGGAAAUGAUUGUAUACCUAUCUCCAACAGUACUUAAAAACCAGUAAUAACAAGCAUCAAGGGGUUUGUUGACUCUAUAAAAUUCAUAAACAUAGAUUAAAAAAGGAUUCGUUGACUCAUCCUAAAUCAUGUUUAUUCCCCUAAUCGAUAGCUUUUUAUAACUGUAGUUAUUAAUACUUCGAUGCUUAAUGCGCUACAGAUCUUACUAAAAUACUUUGAUAAAGAAAAUAAUAAGUCAAAUGGCAAGGAGAUCUAAUGACACAGAGACUCAAAUAAAGGCUUCAGGUCUUCAGGUAAAUUAAUUUAGAUUCAAGGAGGCAUUUUUUCUCAACUUUCAACUGAAUACCAAAAUAUUUGAGAUGAACAUAUAGAUUUUAAAUAAAUUAACAAAUUACAGCUAUCUCCCGAGCUGCUUCCUAUUUAUUUAAAACCUACUAAAUCAUCCAAAUAACCAAAAUUCAGAUUGGACAUCUUUCAAAAAUUUACUGGAGCAGGCUUACUUAAUCCUUAAACCAAUAGCGGUUCCUAGGGUAAGUGAGAGAUACUCUCCUAAAGCAUUCUUCCCGCUCUUGUAUUACCCAGUCUUAUUUCCCUAGGUAAACGCUCUCCAAGGCAAGACGAUAGCUAAAUACUUUCAAAAUUAUUUAAAAUGA